CCGCAGCGCCUUUCCCACGUGCGUGGCCGCGAGCAUUGCGCUACUUGGAGCGAGCGACCCGGGGUGGCGAGUCCAAUUCGAGUUCGGCAUGAACCGCUAUCUUGUGCCGCUGUCCGUGCUGGGCUCCGCGGUGGGUGGUGCAGUUUUACUCAAGGACUAUGUGGCAGGUGGGGCGUGCCCCAGCAAGGCCACUAUUCCUGGCAAGACUGUCAUUGUCACGGGCGCCAACACGGGCAUUGGCAAGCAGACGGCCCUGGAGCUGGCCAGGAGAGGCGCCAAAGUCAUCCUGGCCUGCCGGGACAUGGAGAAGUGUGAGGCCGCUGCCAAGUUCAUCCGCGGGGAGACGCUCAACCGCCGCGUCAGUGCUCGCUACCUAGACUUGGCUUCGCUUCGGUCCAUCCGCGAGUUCGCUGCGAAGGUCAUCCAAGAGGAGGAGCACGUGGACAUUCUGGUCAACAAUGCUGCCGUGAUGUGCUGCCCACACUGGAGCACAGAGGACGGCUUCGAGAUGCAGUUUGGUGUAAACCAUCUGGGUCCCUUUCUGUUGACAAAUCUCCUUCUGGACAAGCUCAAAGCAUCAGCCCCAUCGCGCAUCAUCAACCUCUCAUCGCUGGCCCAUAUUGCCGGGCACAUAGACUUUGAGGACCUGAACUGGCAGCAGAGGAAGUUUGACACCAAAGCAGCUUAUUGCCAGAGUAAGCUGGCCGUUGUCCUUUUCACCAAGGAGCUCAGCCGGCGGCUGCAAGGCACAGGUGUGACUGUGAAUGCUCUGCACCCUGGAGUCGCCAGGACGGAGCUGGGCAGACACACUGGCUUGCACACAUCCACCUUCUCCAGCCUCACACUUGGACCCAUCUUUUGGCUGCUCGUCAAGAGUCCCCAGCUGGCAGCCCAGCCCAGCACUUACUUGGCUGUAGCAGAGGAGCUGGAAGGCGUUUCUGGAAAGUACUUUGAUGGAUUUAAAGAGAAGUCUCCGGCUGCCACGGCUGAGGAUGAGGAGGUAGCCCAGAGGCUCUGGGCUGAAAGUGCCCGCUUGGUGGGAUUGGAGGAUUCUGUGAGAGCACAGCCUCACCCCAGAUAACCUGGAGCAAGCAUGAGAGCCAUGGGCCUGGAGGCUCCAGGAUAGAGCAGAAAGACCAACCAUGACAGAUCUGUACUGUAGCUCAUCUCGGCAGUGUGGGUAACUUAGUUGGCUGCCAUGCCCCAAGUGCGCUCUAGAUGGCGGCUCAAGUCAGUAGUGCUGGUGACCAUACCCUAAGGUGUUGGUUAAGGAACUCUGGCUGCCAUCCUUUGAGUACCCACUAGGUGGCAGUGUGGUCCAGGGAACACUGCAUGCCAUGCUCAUGAUGCCCACUAGGCGGCAGCGUUGGCCUUUUCUUUUCUUAGUCCUCUGGCCUCUGGAUUUGCACUGCCCGAGCCUGCCUGGGCCCAUGCACCCCAGGCUCUCUGUGAGCUGGACCGUCAGCUGCCACCUUUGGGAAUCUAAACAGGAGUCAGCUCCUUCAGUGUGGGCCAAUCAGGAGAAACCAGUGGCCAGCAUGGCAGAUAUACCUGUGACCUCCCAGAGCCUCAGUUUCCCUGACUUUCAAAGGAGAAGAGUAACCCCACUAGUGGCAGUGGAAGACUUGUGCCUGGCAGGGGAGGGCACCCACAUACGCCCUGCGGCUUGUUUGUCCUGAAGGUGUUGUGGCCGACCUCGGGGACAGGAAGCUCAACUGCCCCUGGCACAGGCAGAGUGAAAGCCCACCUGCACCCAAGGCCGGGGAUCAGCUGCUCUGCAAUUCAUGUGUCAAUGUCAGCCCGGACUCCCACCUGCUCUUCCAGAGUGAUGAUGAUUUUUGUAAUAAA